GCUGUCCUCUCAGGCAUCAGUUUCUCAACGUACAUCUCCGACGGCUGGAAUAAACUAGACUGUGCUGGACUCAUAUUGUAUAUAGUUGGCUUCAUAUUACGGCUCAUGGUGUUGAGUAAGUUUGGCAGUGAACCCAACAUGAGUAAACAAAUGGAGGCGUAUAUCAUACUCACGGAUAAUAUAACGGUGCCCUCGAGGAUCUGUAUGGCUUUCAGUCUUUUCGUCUUCUACAUCCGCCUCAUGUACACCUUCAGUUUUCACAUCGCCCUCGGACCGAAGCUGAUUAUGAUCGGAAAAAUGGUAAGUGAAGAUCUUCCACCACUCUUUUACUGUUGUCAACUAAAGCACUUAGAAUGA